CAACCAUCUCUCUGACUGGCCAUUAAUGCCACACUUCACAGCUCCAAAAUUCAUUUGAAAGUUUUGAAACCCUCAUUUCUCAAAAUCAGAGAGAGAUGGGCAAGAAAAUGAAGCUCCCUUUUCUCUCCAAGAACACAGAGGCAUCAAGAUAUUCUUCUUCUUCUUCUUCAACAUGGCCUUGGCCUUCUUGCUCGCAACCCAGAACCCUCUCUUUCAGAAGAGGCAAUGAUAUCUUUAAGACCAUAAACUCAGCCUACUUUGACACAAGCACCACAGAAGUGAUAGAAACACCAGACUCAUUCUUCACCAACUCAUCUGAGUCAUGUCCAAGCUUCUCCACAGCCUCUGAAGACUCAGGUUUGGAUCCAGUGGAGACAGUGAUCAAAGGGUUGAGGUCAGAGAGGCUCUUCUUUGAGCCUAAGGCAGGUGAGACAAGCUCUAUAGUAAUGGAGGAGGAGGCUAAGGGAGCAGCAGAUGGUGAGGAGCUUAAUAUUGUUCCAUUCAAGGAGAGUGUGGUUUUGUCAAUGGACUCUCCAGACCCCAUUGUGGAUUUUAGGAAAUCCAUGGAGGAAAUGGUGGAGGCCCAUGGUUUGAAGGAUUGGGAUCAUCUUGAGGAGCUUUUGUGUUGGUAUUUGAGGGUCAAUGCGAAAAGCAAUCAUGGGUAUAUUGUUGGAGCUUUUGUUGAUCUCUUGGUAGGUCUAGCUUUUAGUAGUGGUUCUACUAAUUGUUCUUGUUCUUGUAAUAUUAAUUCUCCUUCUUCUCCUUUAUCUAAUUUUUAUAACAGUACUGCUAGUACUUCUUCUUUAUCAUCUUCUUCUAUUCCUUGUGUCUCAUCAAUAGAGCCUGAGGAAGAAUCUGAAAGCACUCCUUGUUUGUCUUCAUUGUUGGAAGCUGAGGAAGAUCAGAUUCAUGAAGAAGUUGAAGCGUUGUCAUCUUCAUCUUAGGCUUAGUUAGGUGCUUUGAUUCAAUGGAAAAUAUAUGUAUACUACUAGUGGAAAUUAUGAUAGUGAAACCUUUUGA